CUAACCACACAUAUGAUUACUUCCAACCAGAACCCAGAUGAAUCCUUCUCUUCCUUUUUGCUUUCUGUUAUUUCUAUGCAUCAAAAUCUGCUUAGCAGAUCACGAUAACCUCCAGGACGUCUGUCCUACCGAUAUGGAGGCUAAGGAAACCAUAUUCAUCAACGGGUACCCCUGCAAGACUCCAUCCACCAUCUCUGCCUCAGAUUUCAAAACUUCCCAAGUGAACCACCCUGGCGACACAGACAACUUCCUCCGUUCCUCAAUGAACAUUGUUACUGCCGCGGAUUUUCCUGGACUGAACACUCUCGGCCUCUCAAUUGCCAGGACUGACCUCGACGUGGACGGCCUAAUAUUGCUUCAUUCCCACCCCAGGGCCUCAGAAGUGUUGUUUGUUUUCAAAGGUGUGAUAACUGCUGGUUUCCUUGACACCCAAAACCAACUUUUCCAAAGAAGCCUUCAAGAGGGUGAUGCGUUUAUUUUUCCCCAUGGCCUGCUCCAUUUUUGCCUUAAUGCUGGUUAUGAGCCUGCUGUUAUAUUCUCAGUGCUUAAUAGCCAGAAUCCAGGCGUGGUGGCCAUCGCUGGUGCCAUGUUUGAACCCGAAGAAGAUAAUGUAAAGAAAAUGAUAGAGCGAAUUAAAUCUCUUUCUGCGUCAAGAAUUGAUCGUGGUGAAGAUGUGACUCGUGAUACUAUCCCAAAUUUUAACAGUGAGCUAUGAUAACAGUAAGAGCAGCUUGUUAUGUUUGUCUUUUGGGGUUUGGACAGGCUUUGCAUUAUAUGGGAAGCAGAAAUUCUGCAUUUUUUUUUAUGUAUUGCUUUCUCUGGUUUGAAUGUCAAUUGAAAAUUUGUACAUUAUAAAAAUCUGCAGCUAUAAUA